AUGAACGCUCCUCCGUCUUUUGAAUCGUUUCUCCUUUUUGAAGGCGAAAAAAAGUUAACCAUAGAGAGGGACACAAAAGUCGGAAAUGCAUACAUUUUCAUCAUCAACAAGGAAGACCACACUUUAGGGAACAUGCUGAAAAAUCAACUCCUUAAAGACCCUAAUGUCGUGUUUGCCGGCUACAAGCAGACUCAUCCGUUGGAGCAUAAAAUCGUUCUUCGUGUUCAGACGACUUCCACAUGCGAUCCCAUAUCUGUGGUAAAUAACGCGAUCACUGAUCUAUUGGCUGAGCUUUCUCUCUUUGAGGAAAGGUUUAAGGUUUGUGGCUGA